CCAGGUGUGCGGGACACGACCAGGUGGGCAACCGCCCCGCCCCGCGUCCCGGGAGCUCUGCUUAAUGACUGAGAGCCCAGGAGUCAGGCCCUGGCUGCGGCCAAGCCAACGCCUUGGGGGCGACCACGCUACCAGGUGUCCCACUCCCCCGGGAUGGUCGGCAGAGGCCUGGGGCCGGCGGCAGGUGCUCUUAUCGGAGCCGUGCGGGGGGCUGGUUCGCCCUCCCGGAACAGAUGUCACUAGCUCGCUGUGCCGACCAAGCUGCAUGGUGCCCUCCUGGUCACAGGGGGCGCUGUAGCCCCACUGGCUCUGCCAAACCUCCACUAAUCACGUGACGACCAGUGCCGGAGACGGCAUUGAGAGACUCUGGUCAGUCAUGGCCGCCGCUCUCGCGCUUCGCUGCCUGUACCAAGGGAGACCCACGCUGCGCCGUCUGCCUGUUGAGUUUACGUGGGCCCCACGGCGUGGGCAUCGGCUCUCGCCGGCGGAUGACGAGUUAUAUCAGCGGACGCAGAUCUCUCUGCUGCAACGCGAGUCUCCUCAGACCAUGUACAUCAACAGCUACAACAGCCACGGCUUCACGGUCAACGGAAACCGCGUGUUCGGGCCCUGCGCACUGCUCCCGUACUCUGUGGUGCAGUGGAACGUAGGAUCCCACCAGGACAUCACUGAAGAGAGCUUUUCCCUUUUUUGGAUGCUGGAGCCCCGGAUAGAGAUUGUUGUUGUGGGCACUGGUGACCGGACUGAGCAGCUGCAGCCUCAGGUGCUGCGAGCCAUGAGGCAGCGGGGUGUUGCUGUGGAAGUGCAGGACACGCCCAAUGCCUGUGCCACCUUCAAUUUCCUGUGUCAUGAAGGCCGAGUGACUGGAGCUGCUCUCAUCCCUCCAACCGGAAGGACUUCACUCACAUCUCUAGGCCAAGCUACAGAAUAAACCAUCAGGAACUGACUUUAUUCCAUAAGGACCCUGGCAAGUUUGAGAAAUGUAGGGAUUCCCAGUGUUUUCACUAUCCUCUCCCCUUUGGCACCUUAACAUUUGUCUUGCUAACCAACAUAUUAAUAAUUUAUACACUUCUCUGA